GCUUAUACAUAUUUUGACCAGUAAUUUUUUAUAGCUUUAUCAACUAAAUGCUAAAAAAUAUAAAGUUUGUCACGUCACGUAAAAGAAUACGAAGCCCACAGCGCAUUACACUGUUCGUGUUCUCCGCGUCAGUCAAUAAGAUUGACAGCUGUUAUUGUGGGCGUGUCCUACAUCCAGCUCCAACUCCCUCGCUGUUGACGGGCUAGAAGUCUGACCUCUCGCGCACAGGUGACAGAAUACAUCAACACUCAACAGAACUUCACAUAUUGUACUUCCUGUACCUGCACAAAUGGCAACCCGAGGCAGUGUGAAACCCUUUGUGAACUUCAAUGCAAAGCAUGAUGCAGACGUUUUGCGCAAGGCCAUGAAAGGAAUUGGCACUGAUGAAGAUGCCAUCCUCAUGUUACUGGCAGCUCGCAGUAAUGCCCAGCGACAGGAAAUAAAAGCAGCCUAUAAGAAAGCUCAUGGCAAGGAUCUAGUGAAAGACUUACGAUCUGAGCUUGGAGGGAAGCUAGAGGAUCUCAUUGUGGCCCUCAUGGCUCCACCCGCAAUAUAUGAUGCAAAAGAACUCCAUAAGGCCAUCAAGGGAGUAGGUACUGAGGACCAAGUUUUAAUUGAGAUUCUGGCAUCCAGGACAUGUGAUGAGAUGAAAGAUAUCUGCAAAGCUUACAAGAAAGAACAUGGAGGCAAACUGGAAAAAGACAUAAUCGGUGAUACGUCAGGACAUUACCAGAGGUUGCUGGUGAUCCUUAUACAGGCAAACAGGGAUGAGGGAGUGGAUGAGAGCAGAGUGGAAAAAGAUGCCAAGGAGCUGUUUGCUGCCGGAGAGGAGAAAUUCGGCACGGACGAGGACAAGUUCAUCAAUAUACUUGGCAACAGGAGUGCAGAACACCUGAGAAAAGUGUUUGAUGCCUACAAAAAGAUUGCCGGCUGUGAUAUUGAAGAGAGCUUAAAAGAUGAGUGCACUGGGAACCUGGAAGCACUGUUGCUGGCUGUGGUUAAGUGUGCAAAAAGCGUGCCUGCUUAUUUUGCUGAAACCCUCCGAGAGUCAAUGCGGCGUGCUGGCACUGAUGAUGAGACUCUCAUAAGAAUCAUGGUGUCAAGGAGUGAGCGAGAUAUGCUGGACAUCAGAGCGAUAUACAAGAAGAAGUAUGGAGAAUCACUCUACAGCACCAUACAGGAAGACACUGACGGAGAUUAUCAGAAGGCCCUGCUAUACCUGUGUGGUGGUAAUGAUUAGAAAUAGUUCAUAUUUUGUGCUUAUUCAUGUUAGUUUAAAGGCCCUUGCACACUGAGCUCGAAAUUUUCGUAUGUGUUUUUUUUUGUAUUCGUGAUUCGGUAGCUCCUAAUUGUCUAAAAACCAUUCAAACCCCAUUCAAACUGCUUGCUAUGGAUGCGAAAAACGCAGAACGUUUUUUUUUAUGAUGGACUGAAGUUUCGGAGGCGGUGUGCAAGCGUGAUUGACAUAACAUGAGGUCGUAUUUAUUUUUUAACGUGUGAAAAUAAGUCUUUAUCUGAUCUUCAGCUUUCUCAUGUAUAUUUUCUCAUUUGUGUUUACCUUUACAUAUUUAUGUUUUAUGGUUUGAGAAUAAGUUGUCAUUAUUGGAGAAUAGGAGGUUAUUUGAUGGGUUUGAUGUGAUGUUUGAUGUAUUGAUUCUUUAAUAGAAUUUGGUUGUUUAGCUUGAAUCAUUGUUUCAAAAUAGAGACUAUGAAAAUAAAAUGUAAUGGACUAUA